AGUGCAAGAAGCCUCUCGGGGGUGAAGCUGAGGCACUAGCAGGUAGAAGAAGUCCGUCCACUGGGACUAGAGAAUGGGUUCUCGCCAUCUCCUCUCUAAUCCCAGAUAGUCUCCUACAUGGGCUCCAUUAAGACAGGAUGGGGAGACCAGUUCAGACCCUCAAAUGCCCUAUGCUCUUAGAAUCUAUUUUCUGAAUGCAAGGGUACUUCCUAACGGGUCUCUGGAAGAGAAGCAACUGGUCCCAGUCAAAAGGUCAAAGAAAGAGAGGGACAAGCAUUCUUCCCAGUUUCUUACUUCUGAGCAGCAACACUGCCUUCUUCAGGUCUUCACUUGUCUUUCAGAGCCUGCCAGAGUUCUCAAAAAGAGCCAGAAAAGAAAAGAUUCUUGUCUUCCAGCCAGUUUGAGAGACGCAGAAACCAUUCAGGAAAUGUCAGUGGUCCUGCAGAGUGGGGUCCAUGAGCUAGAAGAUAAGAUGGAGACUCAAGCACAAAUAGAAGACUCACAGGACAGUUUCCCAAAGAAACUGCCAUCUUUAGUACAUUUCUUUACAACAUCGACAGAUUCAGAUAGCACGACGCUGCCAUGUUCACGGUCAUUAUCUGAUGAAAUUCCUCUCAGUUACUGUCUGUCUAGCCCUCAAGUUAGUGGAGCAACUAUAUCGACAAUUGGACCAAAGCCUCUUAAACCUGCUCUAGUGACCCAUUCCCGCUCAGAAAACAGCUUGGGACUCAACAUCGGCAAAAUUCCAAAGAGACACUCUAUUCCAGUCCUUGCUGGUGAGCCAGCUGUGAUUGGGGAAGGGGAAGAUUAUUUCCUGUCUUUGUUUGGUGAUACAAGGAAACUUGUGCACUCAUUCCAUGAGAAAACUUGGAAGCACUUCUCUAUGAUUCUUGAAGAAGUGGGCCAAUCUAGAUCCAGUGCUCUUGGAGACAUUAAAAUAGCUGAGGUGAAUGUCAAGGGUUUAUUCGUGAAGCUCAUUAACUCUUCUCCCGACAAAGAGCUGGAAAUUGGAAAUCAUACGCUCCAACAAAAUGUGGAUGGACGAGCAGUCUCUCUCUACCGAUUCCUUCCUGGUAUCAUAAUGCAGGCCAAUUCCACAGUAACAGUCUGGACAGCAGCAUCUGAAGUAAAGCAUCAGUCACCAUCUGAUUUUCUUUGGAAGGAACAAGACAGGUUUAACACAGCCCCAAACUGUACAACAAUCCUGUGCAAACCUAACGGUGAAAUGGAUUCUCUACCACUGAGCCACCAGGCUGUUGCCUGGUACACUCCCAUUCACUGGAAGCAAGCGUGGGAGAAAUUAGAGACUGACAUCGAAUUUGACAGAUGCUCAAUAAUAAGUACAACACCUCAAAGGCACAUGUUUCGCUGGCCAGCAGUUGCAACUACAACAAAAGAAAAACGAGAUCAGUGUAAGAGAGAGUCCUCGAGAUGGCAGGUGGAACAAGUUCAAGCUUCUCUUAAGAGAGAAAAAGAAAUCCCACCAAGCCUUUUCCCCACUCGCAGCCCAUGGUGCCACAGUCCUAAUGUCCCUGCACACCCCUACUGUGCCCUGACCAAUGCUCACAACACCUCCGUGGCUGAACACUGCUUAAACAGACAGCCCAGGUCAACCCGGACUGAUCCAGUCCAGCGAUCAAGAAAAAACAGGAUGUCUGAGUUACAAAAGCAAUAGGCAGUCAAUUCAACAUUUAAAGGAUGAUAAUAUUCUAGUCUGGAGAACAACACAAGGAUGCUGACAUGAUGCAGCCUGCCUUCCACACAGGAAAGGAGAGGAAGCCAGCAGCAAGCAAGAACAUGGUUUCUUUUAGAAAAGAUAAUUCCUCAGGACUUUCCUGAUACCAUUUGUUAAAGAAGGGAGAUAAGAGUUUGUGCACAAGUUGAAACAUUUGCUGUCCAGGCUGUUACAAAGAAAAAUACUGGUCAAAAGCAAAA